UACUACAAAUAAUUUGUCUGUUUUAUAUUUAUUUCAAAAAGUUUUAAGUUUGUAUGGCAGCAUCGCAGCUAAACUUAAAAUACAGUUUUUAGGGACGACCCCUAAGGCAGUAUCUGUCAAAAACAUUGUCAAAUAUUUUUCAAGCGUUAUCGGCUAGGAUCAAUUUGGGUGAGAAUAUAUUAUAGUGUAUUUUUUCGGAUUAAAAUGGCAUCAAAGAGGGGGCGCCGGACCGACGCCGAAAGGAUAAAGCUGGAGCAGGUUCGAGUGAAGGAAGAACCCGACUUGGAUGAUUCGUACAACAGUGAUGAGUUUCCUUCGAGCAGCAUCUAUGGCCGAAAUAGUUCUUCCGGCGAAAGUCCUUCGGGAGAUCCACCGAAAAAGAGAAAACACACCAGAACCACACGACAUUGCCACACGCAAGUUAGUCCGGAGGACAUUGACCAAAUCGAGUUGAAUCCGCGGGUUCCGAGCGUCCCUGGGGAGAACGAACCUAUUCCUGAAGGGGACGCUGAAGCCAACAUUCCCCAAUGUCGGUUCUGCCUGCGGAGGGUGGCCCAGAACAAUCUGCUGGUCAUUGUGAACAAACACAAGGCAAAGGCCGUGGCGGCCUUCAAGUUUAAAGUUUUCGUCAACGAUGCUUAUCCGUUUGCUUGCCGGAAUUGUUUGAACUUGCUGGACAUUUUCCUGGACUUUCGGCAAACAGCUCUGAAGGCAAAGUAUCUGCUUCUCAGUGAACGUGCUCAUCUGGAGAGCGAAGGCUGGGACGAUCCAACUCUGGUGGAAACGAUUGCAAACUGCAAGGCCGCGGUGGAACAAAACCGGAAGCAGAUUGAUGCCGCUUAUGAUGCCAAACUUGAACUGGAACAGCAAAUGGAAAACUCGAAGAAUGAGGAGCGGUACGAUGCAGAAUCAACCGAGCUCAGCAUAGAACCUAUGAUCUCCUUUGAACCCGUGGAAGUCACCGACGCUGAGCUGUACGAUGAAACUGUCGAAGUGCUGGAAGAGAAAGUCAUCAAAGAAGAGCAGUACAAUAUAAAUUACGAGGACGAUAUAGAUGACACAGACUAUCAACCAAGCGCUGACGAUGAACCGCUGGUCAAAAGGGAACCAUCGAUAGAAGUAAUCUUGAAAACCCCAGGAAAGAGAGGCAGAAAGCCCAAAACGGACAAAGCCAUCAAAAAAGAACCGCGCAUUAGGAAACCAGUGAAAUCUAAGAAACCUAGAAAUACCGAUGCUGACAAAACCAACCCUAAAAAUGGACCUCACUUGUGCGAUCUCUGUGGCGCAAAGGUCUGCGCUCAAACGAUUGAGGCCCAUCGCAAUCGUCAUCUUGGUUUAAAGCCGUACAAAUGCCCGGCCAUCGGGUGCGAGUUGACCUUCCACAGUCGCCACAACCAGCUGCUUCACGUGCGCAGGGCCCACGGCGAGAAUGGCGUCCCAAGCCACGAGUGCACCAUCUGUGGCCAGUUUAUACGCGGUCCGAAGGGUGCGCUCAAGUACCACAUGAAGCGGCACGACACCUCGGAAAAGAACUACGUCUGCCAGAUUUGCGGCAAAGGGUUCACGAUGCCCUGGUAUUUGACUCAACAUUCGAUCACACACUCGGGAGAAUUCCCGCACAAGUGUCAGUACUGUGGAAAGAAGUUCAACAACAAGUGGAGCAUGAAAACGCACGAGAAGAACAUUCACGAGAAGCGGAACGAUGUUCCGAUGGCGCAAGAAGCGCAGGCACAGCCAACGACCAGCUAUGUUCAAUUUGGUGAAAAUUCAUUCUAAGUGUGCGGAAUAGUAAACUAUCAGAAUACUGAAUAAAACACUAAAAAAAA